AUGUUCUAUUCUUCCACUCGGGAGGGGCUGACGUCAGCGGUUGGACCAGUGUGGAGGAGGACAAGAGAGACAGAGAAGCGCGGGAGGGAGGAUAGGGGAGGAAGAGGGAAGGAGGAGGAGGAGUUGGAAAGAGGUGGGGGUGGCAGUGGAGGGGAUUUAUUUUAGGAGAACCUAUAUCACUCACAUCUCCAGACUAGAUGUUAGGACUUAGGAAGACGAUGCAAGGGAAACAAAUCAUGUAUUGCAGAAAUUGAUAGUUAUCCUAUAGCUUUUGAUUUCCAUAUAUUUUACAAAUACUUUUUUACCUUUAAGUUUUAGGUAAGAUGGUCCCUCCAGUGGUGCUAAACUCCACAGACACUUACAGUAGAUAUCCAUUAUUUCUUACACAUCUACAUGUAGCCUUCUCUAUACGGUCCUGUAUACAACUAACUGUAUCAUGUAGGGUGGGGAGUGGAGGGUUCCAGGCCCAGAUGCCUGCCUGCUGUUGUGUACCUUUGUGCCUACACUCUUAGAAAAAAAGGUGCUAUCUAGAACCUAAAAGGGUUCUUCAGCUGUCCCCAUAGGAGAACCCUUUGAAGAACCUUUUUGGUUCCAGGAAGAACCCUUUUGGUUCCAUGUAGAACCCUAUUGGGUUCCAUGUAGAACCCUUUCCCCAGAGGAUGCUACAUGGAACCCAAAAUAGUUCUACCUGGAACCAAAAAGGGGUCUACCUGGAACCAAAAAGGGGUCUACCUGGAACCAAAAAGGGUUAUCCUAUGGGGACAGCCAAAUAACCCUUUUGGAACCCUUUUUUUCUAAGAGUGUACCGUCAGGGGAGGGAGGGGAGGGCCUCGGUGAGCAGACCGACAUGCAGGCAGGCCACUGCUCUCUCACGUUAGCCGCUCCAGAGGAAUCCACAACCCAGCAUGCUCUCUGUCUGCUCUCCCUCUCUCUGACACGGCAGGCCGGCAGCAGACAUUACCAUAAUUGGGUUUUCUACAUGACAGGACAGAAUAAAUAAUAAUGUCAUUUUAUUUACAACCCCCCUCGUCCCGGUCCGAGAAGCUAUCACCCCCACCCCUCCUCCUCAUCCCCUUCACAUCACCCCCACCUCCCCCCCCUCCUCCUCCUCUCUAUCUCAUCCCUCUCUCUCUCUGGCUGGCGCGAGUCGUCUCGUCGGGCUGCCACGCCGCGCAGGUCAAGCGAUGGCUUUUUGAUCAGCUCCUGUCCAAAGCCAUCAGGGCUGAGAGGACUGUAAUGGAGGAGUGGGGUGACAAACAGAAUGUAGGGGAAGGAAUAAGACUGCCAGUUUCCCAUUAGAGCAUGGGCUAAAUGGCCCCUGGCCCCCACCUCCCUCCCAGCUCCCCAUACCCCCACUAGCCCACUCCAACACCAGCCUAAAUCAUAUGAGUGAAGGGGGCCAGGAUUGGACAUUAGUGGCGCAAAUGACUGCAGUGAUUGCACCCCUCUUCCCAAAAUCACAUCAGAUAAAUAGAGAAAUGUGUGUAAGUAAAUAGGAGGGGUGUUGGGGACUGGAGAGGGGGUCGGAUGGCGGAGGAACUGACUGGUCUCGUCCCCCGUUCUCUCCCUCCCUCUCGCUCCCUCUCUCGUUUCAUCACCUUUCUGCUUUUCUUAUCUGUUUUGUUUGGGUUUGACAGCAGCCAAAUGGUGAGGCACCGCCGGCCUGACAGAGAGUUUUAUUGAUUUAACAACUAGCAGAUUUCGGCAAAGACAACUAAAACACAAAAUGGAAGGGCCAGACCGAGAUGCCAAAGUUUGAGAAGAAAUUAUAGGACGCUGAGCCUACUCUGCUAAAACACAGAUAUGCAUGUGAUUACAUUUGAUUUGUUAUUAUUCCCCAAAUCAAAUUAAACAGAAUAGUGUGUGUCACCUCCAGCCUUAACAUUAUUUUGAGACAGUACAGAGUGAAAAGGAACACAGUCAUCCUAGACUCAUUAAUCAUAACACUGUCUAAACCCCUGUGUCUCUGUCUGUCUGUCUCUCUGUCUGUCUAUCCACUCUCCAACAAGACUACACACAUCUGGAAACUCCCUAAUGUGAGACGAAACUAGGGUUGACUUGUUUGGUAACAGUUAAAGCUUCCCUGUUACAAGUCCACAGACACGCAGUUGCCAUGUUACUGAUAGUGCUAUUGAUACUGUAGUUUCGUUGCUCAUAAUAUAGAUGAACUAUCCACUAACCACUUUCUUCAAAACAAUGUAGAUCUUCCGUGGUGUUAAUGAUGUUUAGUGUGUGUGUGUGGGGGGUGCCCAGAAAUGGAGUGGCGUUUAGUGUGUGUGUUGCGGUGACAUGGUGUGGCUUGAUCCCGGCCGUUUGUGACAGCACAGGCCUCGGACACAUCCUGGCCGCAGCACCACCUGUCCCCUUGAUGGCGAGGCGUCCCGCAGCAGAAGUGACAGGCGCCUUUACGCCCGUGCAGAUGGCCCUGCUCACAGCCAUCACCCGCUCGGCAAGCUAAACCACCGGGGACGGCACGCCAAACCCCUCCCCUCGCUCCCGUCUCUCCUCAUAUGUGUGUCUAGGUCUAGGACACAUUGAGGAGGCGUGAUUUGGUCACCAGUCGGAUUUUGAGUCGUUGUGUUCGAUCGGCUUUCAUGAAUGGCUGAACUGAUAAAGCUGUUCUAUUUAUGUUUAGUUUUUUAAAAUGUGUUGGCGUUGUUAUCUGCUUGCGAUUUAAUCACUGUGUCAAAAUAUGUAGAUUUUAUGUUUUGUAAUUCUCUACCUAGGCCUAAUUUUUAGAUAUGGUUUCAUCAUAAGAUCCCAUAUUCAUGGUUUCUGAAGCCUUCCACUUUCCAACCUGUGAUUUUACAGAUGUUUUAUGCCGUUCUUUUGUCUGCAGGCUUUGAUUUCCCUCUCUUUGUUGUUUCCAUGACAACAUGAGGGGAUAAGCAUUGAUUGACAGCUAUCGUAAAAGGGUUUCCUUCACGUCUUGUCGUUCACCAUUCCCUGCCCCUCCCCUCCCUGCCUCGGCCUGUAUUUUGUCAUUCACUCACAGAUAUUUUUCUUCCGUUCCAUUCUCCCUUUCAUUCCGUAGAUUUGUGGAGCUGCCAAAAUGCCGUUUUUGGCACCGAUGAUGUGGACAUAGUUAUUCACAUGGGUAAUUCACAUGGGUUCACUGGAACCAAUCAGAGGCUAGUGAUGACUGAAUAGCCAUUUUACUGUAUGAUUUCAUAGUCCUCUUUCUUUUCAAGCACAGGUUGGCCGUUGGUGAGGGGAAGGCUGGCAUAAUAACGGGGAAACAUCUUACAGUUAGAGUUUGUACAGUAUAUAGCUAAUGCUAAUCUGCUGUUUUAGGGAUUUUCUGAGUUUUAGGAACUGUCUCAGCUUCUGUCUGUCAGUGGGAUUGAAACACAGCCAGGUUCUCCUGUGCUGCGCUCGUUUCCCUCCAAAUCCUGUCAGGAAUCAAGAGAAUGAGGAGAAUACAGUAUGUGGCUCGUUUUGGAGAGAAGGGCAUAUCAGUUACAGACAAAAAAUACAAACCUAUAGACAACGUUAGGGCCUUUUAUGUCGAAAGCUACCGUGUUAAAACAAACAUGUAUGAGAACAUGCGAAUAGCAUACACCAAUGCGGGCACACACACACAAACACACACACACUUCUGUAUGCAGCUGCUCGCCUUUUUUCCCUCCCAUCUCCUCUCAGGCAGCAGUAAAUGGUGCCAGUGUACAUAUAUCAGGUAUUAUGUCCACUUAGAUUAUGAUAUGACAGGUUAGCGUGCUGUUUGAAGCUGACAGCACAUCUGUUUCAUCAGGAGAGACUGUUACUGGCAUCUAGGACACACAUCUCACCAUGGAGGAAGGAGAUAAAGGGAGAACUGAGGGGGCCGUCUUUUCUGUCUCCCUCCCUCGCUUCGUGUCUCUCCCUUCCCUCCACCUCUUUUUACUCUCUCUUUCUCUCCCCACACCUCUCCCUGGCUCUCUUGCUCGCCAGCUCUCCCCUGCUUCCUGUCUCUCCUAUGUUUCUACUUGCUCGCAAUAUUUCCCUUACUCUUUCCCUUACUCUCUCUCCCUUGCUCUCUCUCUCUCUCGUACCUGUUACAUUAUGUUUACAUUUUUUCUCCACUUGGUCUAUCCUGUGCAUUCUUUAAUUUCAUCCCCUGUGUUUUUUUAUGAUUAUUUGUUUACACACUGUAUGUGUCAAGGACAAUAAUACAGAACACCAUGUAUUGUAUGACCCAUAUCCACUUCCACCUCUCAUUAAGCUGUCAAACAUAACAGAGAAAGUCAAGGAGUGUCACUCCCCUAUUUGACAUUGUAGAGAUGACUUGACAGUUCUAGUUUUUUAUUACUGUCUGGUAUUUAAUAUAAUUGUAUUUAUUAACUCAGUGAGAGUGGCCUUUGGUACAUGAGUGUGGGUGAAGGAGAUGCUGCAACAUCUCAGAAUGAGUGUUUUGUUUCCCUCCCUCCUGAUCGGUUGCGUAAGCUCACCAUGUGAAUUACUAAAUAAAAUGAAGUUCACUGUGUGUGUGUAAAUGAUUGGGUGUAGAGAUAAGCCAUGGGGGAGAAGGAGAGGAGGAGAGUCAAGCAGCUGGCUAACAAGGCCAAGCAGUUAGUGAUAUCCUAGGAAACAGGAGGCAUGGACAAUGAAAUAGGGAGUAAAGAAGGAAAAUGUCAGGAUUUAUGUGUCUUUUUUUUCUCUAGGAAACUAGAUUUUUUCACCACUGACACUCAAAGACGCACGCACGCACACAGAUAAAAGCCCAUAUUUCCUGCCACAGAUUAUUCAUCACAAUGUUUUGUCAGUGGUCCUGUUAGUGCAUUGUAAAUCUUUUAUUUCACUUUGCUGACCUCCUUUUUCCCUUUUCUCUAUCUCUCUCUCUUCCAGCUUACUCACCAGAGGACGAGUUUAAGGCAGGAGCAGUCGAUGAGGAACACCUGCAGGAUGACGGGCUGUCACUGAAUGGGGAGGACACUGCGUACCUUUGCAAUGAGGAAGAGGAUGGAGGCCAGCCGCCCAGCUACCGGGCCUCUCCGCUCAGCAACGGCACCAACCCAGACGCUGGCUACGGCUCCCCGCUCAGCGAUGCCAGCGACCGGCUCACAGACUUCAAGAGCACCUCCUCCAGGGAUGGCCAUGAGAGGGAGGAAGCCCCCCUCCCCUCUGGCCCGAACAAUGGCCUCUCCCUGAGGGACAGCCUGGCUCAGAUGAAAGCUGUCUAUGCAAACCUGAUCUCAGAUGCCUCCUGGUCCAGCAUUGCCAUGGACAUCAUGAAAGCCACGCCGGCUACUGCUGGCGCCAUCCCCACCGCCACCAACCCCACCACUACCACCACACACAACAACAACCACAGUGAGAACAGCAACGUUAGCAGCCACCACCACAAUGGGAGAAGAAGUACCGCCACCGCCAACCACCACACAAGCAGUGGCAGUGGCAGCUCUAAUGGCACCGCAGCUACCUCCAUCAGUAGCAACAGUGGCACCAGCAGUGGCGGUGGUGGCAGCUGUGGUGGUGGUGCUAGUAACGGUGGGGCUGUGGCCUAUGACUGGCACCAGGCAGCCUUGGCUAAGACCCUCCAGCAUACCCCUUACCAACUGCUGCCUGAGCCCAGCCUGUUCAGCACGGUGCAGCUCUACCGCCAGAACAACAAGCUCUAUGGCUCAGUCUUCACCGGCGCCAGCAAGUUCCGCUGCAAAGACUGCAGCGGCGCCUACGACACGCUGGUGGGGCUCACGGUCCACAUGAACGAGUCGGGCCACUACCGCGACGACAACAAGGACAGGGAGGAAGAGAGGGGCAAGCGCUGGUCCAAGCCCCGCAAGCGCUCCCUGAUGGAGAUGGAGGGCAAAGAGGACGCUCAGAAGGUGCUCAAGUGCAUGUACUGCGGCCACUCCUUUGAGUCUCUGCAGGACCUGAGCGUCCACAUGAUCAAGACCAAGCAUUACCAGAAAGUGCCUCUCAAAGAACCGGUGCCAGCCCUGGCCACUAAACUGAUGCCCUCUGCCAAAAAACGAGCCCUCCAGGACGCCCUGGUAUCCCCAUGCUCCCCAGACUCUGUCCAUGGUAGCGGUGGCCACAUGCCCCAAGUGGACGUUGGGAAAGACCCCAAGUCCACGACAAACCCCUAUGUCACACCCAACAACCGCUACGGCUAUCAGAACGGUGCCAGCUACACUUGGCAGUUCGAGGCUCGCAAGGCCCAGAUACUGAAGUGCAUGGAGUGCGGGAGCUCCCACGAUACACUGCAGCAGCUGACUGCCCACAUGAUGGUCACGGGCCACUUCCUCAAGGUCACUAACUCCGCCUCAAAAAAGGGCAAGCAGCUAGUGUUUGACCCAGUGGUGGAGGAGAAGAUCCAAUCCAUCCCUCUGCCACCCACCACCACCAGGCUUCCCGUCCCCAGUGUCAAAUCUCAGCUUAUCUCCCCUGCACUCUCCUGCGGCUCUGAUGAAAAGAGAGAACCGGAAAACGAGAGGAUGGAGGCGAGCGAACCCAGGGAGAAAAAGAUCAAAGAGGAGAUGGAAGAGCCAGGUGAGAAGACUGAGGUGAACGCUGGGUCGUAUAAGUAUCUGACAGAGGAGGACCUGGAGGAGGCUCCUAAAGGAGGUUUGGACAUCCUCAAGUCCCUGGAGAACACUGUGUCCAGUGCCAUCAGCAAGGCCCAGACAGGCACACCUCAGUGGGGUGGUGGCUACCCCAGCAUUCAUGCUGCUUACCAGCUCCAAGGGCCACAUGAAGCAUGCAGCACUGCACUCCUCAGUCCAGAGCGUGCAGAUCCAGCCGGUGUUCAACAGCGGGCUCCGCGGCCUGGUGACUCAGGACUCAGGCUCAGUGAUCCACUCCCCCAGGAGCCCUGCAUCUCCGCCCUCUCUCAGGAGCAACGUUACUGCCAUGGAAGAGCUGGUGGAGAAGGUCACAGGGAAAGCUGUUGCUGCUGCUGUGAAGAAAGAGAAAGAGGAGAAGAUGGUCAGCUUGGACCGCCACAGGCAUCCAUCCUCCGUCAAGUCGCCAUCUCCUAUACUGAAAGAGCAGAGGGACCACCACUUAGCACCCAAUGACCUCACCGUCGGGAAGCCCCUCAUGAGGAACAGCAGCCCUGGAAAUGUGGAGUCGGAGCUGGUCUGCAAGAAGGAGCCCAAAGAGAUCCUGGUAGACAACCACCACAGCCAUUCAAAGAACGGCCCAGAGACUCGCCAGUCACCCAUUAAACGGCACCAACAGCAUGGGCAUCAUCACCGAUCACUCACCAGAGAUGCCUUUCAUCAACCCCCUCAGCGCACUUCAGUCAAUCAUGAACACCCACCUGGGCAAGGCCUCCAAGCCCGUCAGCCCCGCGGGCGACCCACUGGCCAUGCUCUACAAGAUCAGCAACAGCAUGAUGGAGAAACCGGCCUUCAACCAGACUCAGGCCAAGCAAGCCGAGCCCAUCAAUCGCUACUACCAGUAUGAAAGCAACGACCAGCCUAUGGACCUGAGGAAGUCCAAAAACAGCAACAGCAACAACAACAGCAACAGCAGCAGCAGCACUGUCAUCAACAGCAACAGCAGCAUAAAUGGUAACAAACCCAUCACAUCCAGCCUGUCUCUGUCUGACAUUUCUUCACCUCUGAGAGAGAAUGCUUUGAUGGACAUCUCAGACAUGGUGAAGAACCUAACAGGCAGGCUGACGCCCAAGUCCUCCACCCCGUCAUCCAUCUCAGAGAAGUCGGACGCAGAUGGCAGUGCGUUCGAGGAUGCUCUGGAGGACCUCUCCCCGGUCCAGAAGAGGAAAGGGCGGCAGUCCAACUGGAAUCCCCAGCACCUCCUCAUCCUCCAGGCUCAGUUCUGCUCUAGCCUGCGGGAGUCCCCGGAGGGCCGCUACGCCAUGACGGACCUCGGUCCCCCAAGAGCGGGUCCACAUCUGCAAGUUCACGGGCCUCUCCAUGACCACCAUCUCUCACUGGCUGGCCAACGUCAAGUACCAGCUCCGGCGGACUGGCGGGACCAAGUUCCUGAAGAACAUGGACUCCUGCCAGCCUGUGUUCCUCUGCGGUGACUGUGCCUCCCAGUUCAGGACUGCGUCCGCCUACAUCGGCCACCUGGAGUCUCACCUGGGCUUCAGCUUGAAGGACCUGUCCAAGCUGUCCAAUGAGCACCUACGGGAGCAGCAGGCUGCCUCCAAGGUGAUCACAGACAAAAUGACUUUUGGCAGCACCCUGGCAUCCCUGACCGCGCCAGACGACGACACUGGUUCAGUUUACCAGUGCAGGCUUUGCAAUCGGACAUUCGUCAGCAAGCACGCGGUCAAACUGCACCUCAGCAAGACCCACGGCAAGUCACCAGAGGAUCACCUGGUGUUCGUCACUGCUCUUGAGAAGCUGGAGAAGUAG